CCCAUCGGCAACACUCUAAUCCAAGGACAUAGGUAGAUUUUAUAUCAUUUAAAGAAUCGCAAUCGUGUAUUCUUGGCGGGGUAAAUAAAGAACGAUACAUGUAUGAUAUACCAUUUCUCCACUUAGCUAAUUCCCAGCUGGUCGGGACGCUAUUAGCGUGCUAUACCAAAUCCAUUAUAGGUACUUGUACUGUCGAACUUAGAGUUGACUCACGCCGAAGAAUUAUUGGCCAUCCACAAAUCAUGCAAUGCCUAAGAAAUAAUUGGAUUUCAGCUAUUACUCAUAAUGGGGAAAUGGGGAAAUGGCGAAGGAAAGUGGCACAGCUGUACCAUACAUGGAUCCAUACCUGUAAUACAGCUAUCCCACCAUAAAACCUCAUCACUUCACCCAAUACUGUACACCUAUCUUCUUGAACAUUGAGGCCGAUAUAGUUUUCAUUCCUUGAAUAUAUAAUCCUAACCUAUUCCAUUUCAUUCAUUUUGGAAAUCAUUAUCCUUCUUUUUCCCCGCUUAGAGUAUCGAUUAUUUGGAACAGUUAGACCAAACAACCGUGUUUAUCCCCGAUUCCAUUCUACGAUCCGUUGGCAUCCCGAUAAAUAUUACUUUAUUAUUUCUAUUAACUUCAGUACCUCAUAGCCAGAAAAGGUUAGAGCUAUGGCUGCUCCAACGACUUCAACAGGCGUGUCAGCCGAUGUGGGCAGCAGUUAUGACACAGCGCUGUGUAUAAUUCCGCCGAAGCAUUUAUGGCCAGAGCUAGACCAUCUGAGGAUGAUCCACGACCCAGCAUACAGGAAAUGGCCACCGCAUAUCAAUCUUGUAUACCCAUUUUUUCCGGUAAAUAACCUGCGUGACGCUUCGGGAUUAAUCAUCUCCCUGCUCGUACAGCGGUACCUAGAUCACCCUUCUCCUCCAGACAUACAGUUGGAUGGUACAGGUACCUUCACCAAGGACGCCAAGGACACCAAAGAGAGGAAGACAACGUACUUCUUAUGCGGAAAAUCACCAUUGCUCUUUACAACUCUACGGAGUCUUCUACCAUCAUCACUAGAGCGAAAUCAUAACAACGAUGAUCAAUUGCGUAUGAUCCUUGGACAAACGGACGAUUUGACACACCCGCUACAUAAAUUCGCAGUACAAAUACUUAACUCUUUUCCUACCCUUCAGUGGAGAGUUGAAAAGAUUUAUAUCCUUGUACGAGACAAGGACGAGACCCGGAUCGACCCCAGCGUCCCUAGUCAAAUGAAGAUAUGGGGAGAAAUCGAUCUGCAAACUUAUACCUUAUUAACAAUGCAAAAUCCUAUUGGCUUCUACGAAGACGAGAAGACAACUAGUCCCGAAAGUAAUGAACAAAGUACUCGACUAGAAUGCCGUCCGCUAACGCGUCUCCCAUAUAUAUUUUCUCAUGCGGAAUUUAAAUGGAUUCAGCAACAGAAAUACCCUGCUGCUGAGAAGGCAUCCCCAAAUCCGGAAUCUUUAGUGGUCGCAAAUUAUAACGUCCACGCGGAAUUCCAAUAUCCCCCAACUCGAGCUCGAUACCCUAUCAUAAUCCAGAAUCUACUAGAUGCGCGAGCUCUAGCGGAUGUUCUAGUACUAGAAGAAAUCACAGAUGACUUUCUUUCAUAUCUUUGUAAAGAUAAGAGGGUUCGGGAGACUUACCCCUUUAUUUCUAACGGCCCCCCUGAUCAAUCCGAUAUUGGACCACUUCCGAGCCGUAUUAAUAUUGUGGUGUUGAGCAAGUGGCCUUUCUCUUGGGAUUUACUGUCGCUUUCCGCAAGCUGUAAAGGCUCGGUAAUCAUGCAAUUUACUAAUAUUGGGAAACACGAGGGGGGAGUUUUCAUACCGGCCAUUCUAUCUGCCGUUCAUCUUAGUUCAGGCCUUACAGAUGCUUCCGUACAGAGAAAGGGGCAGGAAUUAUGGUCUCUCUUCCAUUAUCUUGCCAGGGAAUACCCUCGAAAUCCUUGGAUAUUAGCUGGUGACUUCAACAUUCCGACCAGUGUAUAUACCAUCGAAACGGCAGUCAAGAGGAACGAAAUUUCUUCGGGUAGCAGAAACAUCUUUACUACAAUUGAAAAACUAUUCAUUAAGAUGGGAUUGGUAGAUGCCUGGGCUUCUGCGUGCGUUCAAUAUGGUGAUUUACCGGAGCAGGAUCUAAGGCAACCGGAUUUCAAGAAAGCUUUAGGGGGUGAAAAGGCGGCAACUUUUGAUCCAAUAGCCAACCACCUUGCCGAAAGUACGGCUCGCAGCGAUUUCGAUAAGAGGCCCCAACGCUACGACAGGAUUCUAGUAAAGAGGGAAGACUUUACUGUGACAGGAUUCAACAUGUUUGGCCAGAGAAUGGGAGCAUCACAGACUGACUUUUGUGUUGACUCUAAGGAUGAUGGCUCAAACGUCCAGCUUUCAUAUGGUAGUGACCACUGGGGGAUCAAAUGUUCGCUAAAGAUUUCCAAAGACGGACCAGUACGGUCAACCGACAGUAGCAACACCGCCUUCACUCCUCUAAAAACCAAGCAAGAGCAGAUGGCUGCCUCUCAGCUUGCCGCCUAUCUUUCUGAGCAAUCCGUGUUCCCUUCUGAUGUUGACAUUGCGAUGAGAGAAAGCGCGUUGUGCUUACUGAAAGAAGUCAUGAUGCAAGAUGAGGAUAACCUUGCCCGUGGGCUUCCAGCAUUUAUGCUAGUACCCGUCGGGUCUUAUGGACUGGGUGUCUGGACUGCGGCGUCAGAUAUAAAUUGCCUUUGCAUCGGACGUAUCAGCUCAAAAACUUUCCUCGCAUUAGCCAUUCAGCGACUUCGUAAAGCUGCGUGGAGGGGUAUUAAGAUCUUACGACGAGUAGAUGCCCACUCCGGCACAAGUCUCGGGCUAGCAAUAGGUCAUAUCAAAAUAGACUUACAAUAUUGUUCAGCAGUUUCUAUCGCCGAGACGUGGCCGGCCGCGCUGGCGCUACCACCAACCGAUCCCGUUUUCAAGUUACCACAAAGUGCUCUAGCGACAUUAAAGCCAGUGCGUGAUCUGCAUCAUCUCCUUGGGACGAUUCCAGACCUUGCGGCUUUCAGGCUAUCAUACCACGUAAUAAAAUGUUGGGCAAAGCGGCGUGGUAUUUAUGCUGCGCAAUUUGGCUAUCUUAGUGGUAUCCAGAUAUCGAUACUACUGUCGCGGGUGUGUAAGCUACUGGCAGACACACGUGGCCCUGUAUCAGGUAUCCAAAUGAUAUUAAGGAACUUCUAUCACCACUACGCGGGAUUUGAUUGGGAUGACUCGGUCGUUUUCGACCCCUUCUUCCAUAAAGAAUUGAGUUAUGUGAGAACUGAACGAGAGCCUAUGGUCAUCCUAGGCUUUCAUGGGCCUCGUCUGAACACGGCGCAAACUAUGUUAGUUUCUACAGCUCAUACCAUUAUUAAGGAGUUGAAAAGAGCAGACUCAAUAUUGUCAGGAACCGAGAUGGUAUGGACCGAGCUCCUCAAUGAGAAUACAGGUAUAACGGAAUUUCUAAGGAUAUAUAUGACAUAUAUUAAGGUUACUGCUCGAUUCUGGGGCGUGUCUCUGGCAAGGAUAAAUACGACCUUGGAAUGGCUAGAAUCCAAAUGUGCCUUACUUUUAGUCGAGAUCGGCAAGGCAGUACCUGACAUAUAUCCCAGAAUCUGGCCAUCACGCUUCGUAAACCAAGAGGCUUCAGAAGAAGAUGAGGAAUAUGAAGGGCAUUAUCUUAUCGGCUUGGAAUUAAAAGAUCCUACUGGUCUGCCGACCGAUAUAACAAGAAUACGCUCCAUGCAGGCCAGUUUAGAUGCCUGCAUACGUAUCUUCGAAGCUCAGGCAAGCAGGGACGCGAAAUACUUUGACCCUAAGUCAUCCUGGAUAAGCGCUACAAUAACUCUGCAGCGUGAACUUGGAGAGCUACGAUUGGACAAUCGGGACUGGGGAAAAUAUGUGGUGGAAGCUGAGGACGAGGAUAUAGGUGAUUCGGAAUUCUGGGCAUCUAUGGAAGCGGACGAGGCUAGAGAAUCACCUACGAAGAAAGAGACCCGUUUAUCGCAGAAGCCAACGUACGAAGGGAAACUUCGAUCUGCAGGUGACGUUCUAAACAGGCUUCGGUGGGACCAAGCCAUAGACAGUAGCGACUACAUAAUCGGCUACGAAGAUCGCUUCUCGGGGGCAAUGGAGCGGUCAGUUGACUCGUGGAAGUCGGAUACGACGCACGAGGAAUUCAUACCGGAACACAGGAUCCUAUAUUUCAAGCGUAAGAGCGACGGUACGAUGGUGUGGGAUAGGGAGGAGAGACGAGAUGAGAUAUUCGGUAGCGGGGUCUCCAGUGUUGGGCGCUAGGGUAAGACAUAUGUAAUUGUACGUGUUGUUUACAUGGUAUUGGUUGUUUUUGGGCUGUUUUUACUUGUUUUACUCAGCGUCAGAUGCAAAUACAUUACAUAGAUACCCCCUCGGCGGCUUCCAACUUGGACGGUCGUUAUGUUAGC